AUGAGCAAGCCGGUUGUGAACAGUCCUGAAACCGCUGCUCCUGGACCCAACGAAGGUGCGGGAGUUGUAAGAAUCAGCCCCGAAAAUGAGCCGCAGAAUGCCCAAUCGCAAGCCCCUGCCGCGAUGGCCAGGCUUCCCCGAUCACUCUCGAACGACAGCAAACCACUUCCCUCCGAAGAAGCUAAACCAAAUGAUUUCGAGAGGACCAAAGUCGGGAUCUGCAAGCUCAGCAGCACCCCGGUGCAAGCCAACUCCACCCUCCGGAGGGAAUCUGUGGAAGCUUUUCCGUGCAAGCACACCCCUGGGGCAGGGGCCGCCGGGCAAGCUGCUGUCCCUCACUGCAAAAUUCCCGCUUUGCAAAGCACAGACGGGGACGCUAAUCUAAACCUUGGUAAGAGCACACUGGAGCGAAACAACGCCAAAGGCGCCUGGAUGACCCUGAGCCAGAGUACCGUGGUACUGGGCACAGAUGGCAACACUUCUGUUCUUCCUGGCAGAGUGGAGGGGUCUUCUCUCCCAGGCUGUGGCAUUGCCAUGCUCAUCAUCUCGGUUCUAAUAGCCAUAUAUUACAAUAUUAUUCUGUGCUACACACUUUUCUACCUUUUUGCGUCCUUUGUACCCGUGCUACCUUGGGCUUCCUGUAACAACCCGUGGAACACACCAGACUGUAAAGAUAAAAACAAACUUUUGUUAGAUUCCUGCAUUAUUGGUGACCACCCAAAAAUACAAAUCAAGAACUCUACUUUCUGUAUGAGUGCCUAUCCAAACUUGACUAUGGUUAACUUCACCAGUGAGGGAAACAAAACGUUUGUCAGUGGAAGUGAAGAAUACUUCAAGUACUUUGUAUUGAAGAUUUCAGCAGGGAUUGAAUAUCCUGGUGAGAUUAGAUGGCCCUUGGCACUAUCUCUUUUCCUAGCUUGGGUGAUUGUAUACGCCUCCCUUGCUAAAGGAAUCAAGUCAUCAGGAAAAGUGGUGUACUUUACAGCUACGUUCCCCUAUGUAGUCCUCAUCAUCCUUCUUAUAAGAGGAGUAACUCUACCUGGAGCUGGAGCUGGAAUCUGGUACUUCAUCACCCCAAAGUGGGAGAAGCUAAUUGAUGCUAUGGUUUGGAAGGAUGCUGCCACUCAGAUUUUCUUCUCCCUAUCUGCAGCAUGGGGAGGUCUAAUUACUCUCUCUUCUUACAACAAAUUCCAUAAUAAUUGCUACAGGGACACAUUGAUAGUCACGUGUACCAACAGUGCCACAAGUAUAUUUGCAGGCUUUGUCAUCUUCUCAGUUAUUGGCUUCAUGGCAAAUGAGCUCAAAGUGAAUAUUGAAGCUGUGGCAGACCAAGGUCCCGGAAUUGCUUUCGUGGUUUACCCAGAAGCCUUAACUAGGCUUCCCCUCUCUCCGUUCUGGGCUAUAAUAUUCUUUUUGAUGCUUCUGACACUUGGAUUGGACACUAUGUUUGCCACUAUUGAGACUAUAGUGACCUCCGUUUCGGAUGAGUUCCCCAAAUACUUACGUACGCACAAGGCACUGUUCACUCUUGGGUGCUGCAUCUCCUUUUUCAUCAUGGGAUUUCCUAUGAUCACUCAGGGUGGAAUGUAUAUGUUACAGCUUGUGGACACUUACGCAGCUUCUUAUUCUCUUGUCAUCAUUGCCAUCUUCGAGCUUGUCGGAGUUUCCUAUAUAUAUGGCUUGCAAAGAUUUUGUGAAGAUAUAGAAAUGAUGAUUGGAUUCCAGCCAAGUAAAUUCUGGAGAGUCUGUUGGGCGUUUGUGACCCCAACUAUUUUAACAUUUAUUCUUUGCUUCAGUUUUUACCAAUGGGAACCAAUGACUUACGGAGCUUACCACUAUCCAGGCUGGUCCAUGGUGCUUGGAUGGCUGAUGCUGGCCUGCUCAGUUAUCUGGAUCCCAGUUAUGUUUGUGAUAAAAAUGCAUCUAGCCCCAGGCAAAUUUAUUGAGCGACUCAAGUUGGUGUGUUCUCCGCAGCCUGACUGGGGUCCGUUUUUGGCCAAGCACCGCGGUGAACGUUACAUGAAUAUGAUUGAUCCUCUGGGAACCUCUUCCCUGGGACUUAAACUGCCAGUGAAGGAUAUAGAACUGGGGAGCCAAUGCUAA